CGAGGUACGACGGCCGCACACGCUCUCCAAUCUCUACCCGAGCCCAGCCCAGCCCAGCCCAGCAAGGUGAAUCAUGAGCAGCAGUUACAGCGUCUCCCUGAUGGGUCCUGCCCCCUGGGGCUUCAGACUGCAGGGAGGGAAGGACUUCUGUCUCCCCCUCACCAUCUCAAGACUGACGGAUGGCGGUAAGGCAGCCAAGGCUAAGAUCAGCGUGGGAGACAUAGUUCUGUCUAUUGACGGCAUUGCUACAGACAGCAUGAAUCACCUAGAGGCCCAGAACAAGAUCAAAGCCUGUGCAGACCACCUCAACCUGACUCUUCAAAGAGCCUCUGGUGUCCCCAAGCAAGCAGUGUCCAAGGACGAACCUCAGGAGAUCAUUAAGCCUGUCCCAAUCACCCACCCUGCCCCGUGCACCACAUACACCAGGCCAUCCCAACAGCCCACUGCUGCGUACAACAAGACAGCCCGCCCGUUUGGUGGGGGUAGCAGUGUGGGUACAGCCACUUCCUCUCUGGCUGCCCCUAAAGUGGCCUCCAUUCCAUCUGCAACAUCUGCUUUCAUGCCAGCUGCCCCUUCUCAGCAACCACAGCCUUCAUUUCCUCUAAAGUCAUGCUACCCUGCCCAAGACUCGGCUCCAGUCAACUCAGUUCCCAGGCCCAUCUCUGGUCGCUCUGCCUUCACCUCCCCUUCUGCCUCUUCCUCCUCGUCUAACUCCUCCUCUCCAGCCAGAGUGACAGCACCCUCCUCCAAUCCCAAUGUCCCACAGCCUUCUGUCUAUAACUCACCUAUCAACCUCUAUUCCAAUGCCAAUGCCUGUGAGGUGGUCAUGGGACAGAGGCGGGGCCUUGUGGAGAGCCAAGGGCCGGAGCAGUUUAACGGGAAGCCUGUAAUGGUGCCUGAGGUGAACCACACCCCACCGCCCAGUGAUGCAAGCAAGAAGCGUCUGAUCGAGGACACGGAGGACUGGCACCCACGAACGGGCACGUCCCAGUCCCGCUCCUUCCGCAUCCUGGCCCAGCUCACCAACACUGAGGGAGAUCAAGCUCCAGAGGACACAGGAAAAAAUGACGUUGUCGACGAACCCACUCCGAGUGCCCAGGUCUCAUCACCAGCAAAGGCAUUUUCCAAAGCUGCAGGUGCCCCAAGAAAUAGCAGUGGUAUUUCCCCAUCCAUGUUCAGGACCCCUGCUGCCCAGAACAAGCCCUCUUUGCCAGCCGGGGGAUUAACAGGUUUGCCUAAGGUUGGAGCAACUCCUGCAUUUGGCAAAGUCACUAACACUGCUCCUAAAGGCCCUGAGCGCCCCACCCCACAGCCUCACCCACAGGACCUAGACUCCCUGGUCCAGCGAGCUGAGCACAUCCCAGCCGGCACACGGACACCAAUGUGUAACAAAUGCAACAAUGUCAUCAGGGGGCCGUUUCUUGUGGCUAUGGGAAUGUCUUGGCACCCAGAGGAAUUCAACUGUUCUCACUGUCAUGGCUCCCUGGUCGACUGUGGCUUUGUGGAGGAGAGGGGCCAGGUGUAUUGUGAGCAUUGCUAUGAGGAGUUUUUUGCUCCUGCCUGUGCCCGCUGCCAGCAGAAGAUCCUGGGGGAAGUGAUGAAUGCCCUGAAACAGACCUGGCAUGUCUACUGUUUUGUGUGUGCAGCCUGCCAGCAGCCAAUUAGAGGAACUACGUUUCACAUGGAAGAUGGACAGCCAUACUGUGAAAAAGAUUACUAUGGCCUUUUUGGGACCAGUUGCCAUGGCUGUGAUUUCCCCAUCGAGGCAGGGGACAAGUUCCUGGAAGCUUUGGGAUUCACUUGGCAUGACACCUGCUUUGUGUGUGCGGUCUGCAGCAGUAGUCUGGAAGGCCAGGCCUUCUUCUCCAAAAAAGACAAGCCUUUGUGCAAGAAACACGCCAACACUGUCAAAAUUUAGCUGGCUCAUCGUACCCACUCACAAGAAUCUACUCAAUUAGCUGUUGAUAUUUUUUUUUCAGAAGUUGUGGUUGUUUAUUUCAUUUCGUAUUCUCUUGAAGUAAAUGUUGGGUUGCGGGUUCUACUGUAAGUCUUAUUUUCAACUCUAGUUUGGCUGGAAUUUGCUAUUUCCUGAAUAUCACCGAAUUAGAAAUAGUUAUGGUGUUGAAGAGCAGUAAUUAAAAAACAAAAAAAUUGGAAGAUAUGUUUGAAUAUAUAGCUCCCUCUGUUAAGCUUAUCUCCAUACAGGUGUGAGUGGGCUUUUCAUAGGGGUGUAUAUAUCCUGGGCUAUUUAUUGGGGCUAGAGGUGUCUUGGGCUCUCUGAUGGGCAUUUUGCACAUGACAGGCUAAAUUACCACAAGGAUAGGGCAGAAUAAUUAGUGAUAUUCUGUUGCUUAUGUUUAUUUUGUAAUGCCUUGUCUUUUGGGGUAUUGAAUGAGAUGUUUCUGGGUCUUCAGUCGGUGGACUACCACAUAACCUCAUCGCUUGCAUAUUUUCUUUUGACUUGAGCCCACUAUGAUACAAAACUGACUCAAUUCUCGGUCAGUGUUUACGACUCUAAAUUUUUUGCAUUUUUUUUUAAGAGGUCAUAAUUUAUGCUACUUAGUUAAGACGUCAUCCUAAGUGCCUCAGUUUCAUUUUAUGGCUGGUCUAUUUGGGAAUCAAAUUCCUCACCCUUGCUAGUAUUCAUGCCAUAUUGUACCUUUUGACCUGUACAGGAUCAUGUCAUGUAUAAUUUUCUGUAAGUGAUUGUGUAUUUGUGGUAGAUUUUAGUCACUAAAAAUUGAUAUACACCAUGACAAGGUAAGCUGUGCUAUCAAAUUCCCAUUUUCCUGCUGAAGCAAUUUCUGUUUUUAUUAAACAAUAAAUACUGUAUGUACCCUCUGUGCAAUGGAUGACUUCUGUUGGAAAUUGUGUAGAACAAGCACUUCUAUUCUUCUUCUAACGUUCAAUAAAGUUGUUCAA